AUGAGCAAGCGAUACAGCCCGCCGACGCUGAGACUGGCGAAGGCGGCGAACCAGAGCGGUGGCUUCCCAUGCGUGGUCGUCUAUGCCCAGGAUGAUGUCCCUGAGCUCUGCGACCCGCACAUCCUCCCGAUCCGCAUCGAGCCGCCUCUUCUGCCGGAUCGCUUCUGGUGCAACGCUUCUAAAAUGAACCCGCUGUGGGGCUGGGCCAGAGCCCAGCUCUACAAGACCUACGCCCUCGCAUCCCUCCUCCGAGAGGGGUUUGACGUGCUCUUGCUCGACGCCGACCACCGCGCGAGCGCUGACCCGAUGCCAACACUGCGCAAGGCGCGCGCACAGGGCCUGGACGUCGUAGCGCAGGCGGCUGACUUUGGUCGCGGGUACCUGAACUUUGGCGUGUCCUGGACACGCGCGUCACCAAGGACCUCGGCCCUCGCGCAGCGCCUGCACAAUCGCUCAUUCCGCGGCUGGGACCAGUACUUGUGGAACGUGGAGAUCGGCGCCGCCGACCUUGCGUGCUGCCAGCACAAGCAGCUUCCCAUCAUCCGUAAUCGGCAGCCUCGCAAGCAGCUGCCGGAGAGUGCCUACGGCGCACACGGUGACAGCAUGGAGACGAGCACCUACGACCUCUCCGGCAAGACGCUGACGAUUGCGCCCAUCGGCGGUCAGCAUCACACGCAUGGUAUGUUCAACGUCAUCUCUUGCGGCACCAUGUCCUUCACCUUCAAUGUUGACAUCCAAGGCGACAAGAUGCAGUUUAACAACAUGAAGGUCUUCGGGUUCGCGCCAAUCUCGCCGUGCCCACUUAUCCCCUACUGUGGGUUUGGGCCAUUCGCAAACGUGCCGAAAUUUGAGAAGGACCCGUCGACCGGCAAGUGGGUUGGCACGGGUGAGUCGCUAUGCGCGGGCGGCUGCUGCGUGCCGAUGUUCCACAACAAGGGUGACGUGAUCGUCAUCACCGACGCCAACGACGGCUCCUCCGCCGAGAAGCCGAUCCAAUUCCUCUCCGGCUCCUCCCCCUCGUAUCCGCCCUGCCUCUGGAACAUGCACGUCGCCGACGCGUACGUCGUCGCCCUCGGCGGCGCGCCGGACGCCGCGGUAAUGCUGAUGGAGCGCUAACUAAAAGCGCGCGCGCUGCUCGCUCUGGGGACUGGGCGCCGCGUCUCAGACCUCGUCUCUCUCAGUGAGUGGCCUGCGAUCCGGCGCGCAGGAUAAUGAGUGACUUUAGCUGUGAGCUGUGAGGGUGUUCAGCCACGACCACUGACUGACUGGUCACGUUGGUUGCGCUGCUCGGGCCUCGGCCCUAGCAAGCAGUCUCCCCGGCCGCGAGCGAUCGAAUUCCGGACGAUCAUCACGUGCGGGGUAUAGUGAGAUGUCUCGGAAGCUCCCCGCGAGCAUGCUCCGCCCAUGAGCUCCCCCUUC